GGCGCCCCCUGGCGGCCCCCACUUUGAAAAACACUGAUUUAGCCAAAAGCCUAUUUAUUAAUAAUAAACAACAUUUUUGGCUAACACAAGACACUCUCAGUCGCCAUUCAUAGGUACAGUGUCCCAGCAGCAGCCCGUUCACUUUCUGUCCUCCACAGUCCACACACAGGGAGCCGAGCUGCCUGACACUCGGCCGUCAGCGGGCUUCAGCUGCGGGGAGGAGGCUGCGUGCCUCUCCCUUCCUGCUUUCUCAACAAACGUCGGAGUGAAAUUUAAACCACAGAGCGGUCAGUAGUGGCGAACACAGAGAACCCCCGGGACCUGCUGAAUACUGACGGAGCUGCUCGUUUUCCGUCCCAUUAAUCCGGUUUGAGGACAGUGGACUGAGCCCCGGACUCGCUGGUUCUCCUGCACACUACCAUGGGCCGCGGUUCGGUUUGGAGAUAACACAGAUUCUGACUGGCAACAGUUAUGAGACUCCAAUGGACAUGGUUCCCUUGGGCGCACUGCCAGGAGAGCACCCCCCCUGAUCCGGACCAGGACAGGGAGAAGAUCUGGGCGGAGCUGUUUGAGGAGCUGGACGUCAACAAAGAUGGACACAUCGACCUCCUUGAACUGCGGACAGGACUGGCAGGCAGGGGACUUUCCAAACGCUCCGUGGAAAGGAUUGUAAAAGCUGGGGACACCAACCAGGAUGGAGUACUGGAUUUUGAAGAGUUCACGCAGUAUCUCCGAGCCCAUGAAAAAGAUCUCAAACUCAUGUUCAGGAAUCUGGACAAGAACAAUGACGGUGAGAUUGAUGCAGCGGAGAUCCAGCAGUCUCUUCGCACCGUUGGUGUGGAAGUCAGCCUCAAGAAUGCCUCCAGGAUUCUGCAAAAAAUGGACAAAGACGGUACCAUGACCAUUGACUGGAAUGAGUGGCGGGACUUCUUCCUGUUCAAGCCCCUCACCAACAUGGAGGACGUAGCACGCUACUGGAAACGUUCAAUGAUGUUGGAUAUAGGAGAGCAGCUGACAGUUCCUGAUGAAUUUACUGAAGAGGAGAAGAAGUCUGGCUAUGUGUGGCGGCAGCUGAUGGCCGGAGGCAUUGCCGGAUGUGUAUCUCGGACCGGGACGGCCCCCUUAGACCGCAUCAAAGUCUUCCGACAGGUGAAUGGUUUCAUUGAAUUUAAAGGGAAUGUGCUGAGCAGUUUUCAGUACAUGAUCAAAGAAGGAGGACUGCGGUCGCUGUGGAGGGGCAAUGGAAUCAACGUGCUAAAGAUUGCUCCAGAAACUGCUAUCAAGUUCACAGCUUAUGAACAGAUCAAGAAAAUGAUCCGUAGCAGAAAUGAAUCAAGAACUCUGAGGCUUCAUGAGAGGUUUGUUGCCGGCUCUUUGGCCGGAGCUACAGCUCAGACAGCCAUCUACCCAAUGGAGGUGCUGAAGACCCGCCUAACACUAGGAAAGACAGGCCAAUACUCAGGAAUAGCAGACUGUGCCAAACACAUCCUACAGAGAGAAGGUGUAGCAGCUUUGUACAAGGGCUAUGUACCCAACCUGCUGUGUAUCGUCCCUUACGCCGGCAUCGACCUGGCUGUCUAUGAGACUCUGAAGUUUGCCUGGCUGAACAGGAACCAGGGUUUAGCUGACCCCGGAGUCAUGGUGCUGGUCGGCUGCGGUGCCGUUUCUAGCACCUGUGGACAGCUAGCGAGUUACCCUCUGGCAUUGAUCCGCACUCGAAUGCAGGCACAAGCUUCAUUGAAGGGAGCCGAUAAACCCUCCAUGGUGGCCUUGCUUCAAAACAUUGUGACCCAAGAGGGUGUGGCAGGACUUUAUCGUGGAAUUUCCCCCAACCUCCUGAAAGUCAUCCCUGCUGUCACCGUGUCCUACGUCGUCUACGAAUACACAAGAAUAAUGCUGGGAGUGGACAUUGAGGGUAUGAUGGGGGGGAAGGGGUAGGAAAGGUUUUAGAUGGUUUGGGGUGGCUUUCGACAAAAGCACGUACAGAUCUGUUGGCUAUGCAUGAGGAAAUUGGCCUUGGCUAUGGAUGGAUUCAUGCUCCUAUGACCGAUGACGAUAUGAAAGAUAAACCAUUAAAGGAAAAGAGAAAAACAACAAAUUGGAAUGCCCCCAAACUGGCAGCUGCUGUGACGAGUUUCACGUGUGAUGUAUUGCGUUGCAGCGCAUGCCAGAAGUGGUGUGAAUGCUAAUCAACUCAUGCUACUGCAUUGACAGAUGAAGACUUGCAUGAACUUGCCUGAGAUCAAACCGGUACCAAAUUUGGAAGUCAUGUUACAUUCCUACAGCAUUGUUUUUUCCCUCUUAGGUAGUAGAUAGAGAAUAUACUGGAUUGCUAGGAGGACUGAUUCAUCUUCCUCUUCUGUAAGCGAGGGGAACCUGAAGUCGCUGCUCAUCGGUGGAGUUAAAGAGUCCGGACUUUGAUUGAAACGUCUUAAACAAAUGUUACAAAUACUAAAGAUGAGGCAGUGGUGUAGUCUACUUUUUUGUAGUGGGUAUACGGCGUAUACCAGCGUAUCACGUAGACUACACCACUGAGAUGAGGUGUAAAACAACAACAAAAAUGACUGAUCCUAACUCUUGAAUUACAACUGAAAAAGUCGAUCUUCUCUUUCCUGGAAGGAUUACUACUGAACAAAAGCACGACAGAGGACAUUAUAUUCUACUGGAGUGGAUCUUCCAAAGCCAUAUCAAGAAGCGUAGAGGAUUCAUAAUAACCUCUCAUGCAAAUGCUCAUGUUUUAUAAAUGUUUCUUUGUUUGAAACACACAACGGGGUCCAGUGCCACAAAGUAUUUUUAAAAACUAUAAUGUAUACGCACAAUGUGCAGGUUUAACACCAUGACAACGAGUUUGCUUUGUAUGUAUCAUGAAACAUAAGGUUGAGAAUGAAAUGUAAAGCCAAUGAAUUUUUGAUACAUUUCAUUAUUUGUUAUGGAAAGUGGCAAUAAAUGCAUGCAUGGUGUUUCUGAUGUUUAAUAAAUGCCUCUGAGCUUUAUCUGAAGAACUGAAA